AUGAAUGAUAGUCCUGUCGACCCUCUGGCGGAAUUGCCACCAUAUCUCCGCGACAUACUGAAUCAGCUACCAGAAGACCACUCUAUUGCCCUCAGCGAAACUGCGGGACCCUUGAUAUCGGAUAUCAAGAAGCUGACGGAUCGGAGGAAAAGAUAUGCGUACUUGCUUCUCUCCCGUCACCGUUUGACUCGCCUUCUGGCCGAAUGUCCCAGUCCCUGUCCAGAUCUCAUCCUCCGCCGUGCUGAAGUUUACGAGGCCCUCGGGUACAGUGAACUAGCACUGGCGGAUGCAUAUGUCUCGUACACCCUUUGUCUCGUGGCUUUAGAUGACCCCGAUAUCUCAGACCUUGAACCUGUUGAUUUGGAAGGAAAUCCCUGGCCGCCUUCCGAUGACGGCCAGAGCGAGGAUGACCCGAACCCUGUGGCACUGAAGCAAAAGUACCGCUCACUUGUGCUGAUGUGUCGCUCUGCCAUUAUCCUGGGUGUACAGACCCAAGCGAAGCUAUGGAUUGACGAGGUCUUGGCGGUGAAGAGGAUCAUCCGGCGCCUGAACGGAGAGGAGCCUCGAGAGCCGGUCCGGGACAUUGAGGAGGUUGUGGGAGAUUUUUCCGAGUAUUCCACCAUCUAUGAGGACGAAUCCAAAUUCCACAAAUGUGUCAAGCUCCUCCGACGCGAUGUCAAGCCCACUCUGUUUGGGUGGUGUCAACGCCAAAUAUACCCUUGGAAUGAGUAUGAGCCCGACAGAAUGUCCAAAGAAGCGUUGAUCGAGAUCAACGAGAAGCUCCACGUGGUCGCCCCGGAUCUGGAAGUAGAAAUAUCCACGUUGCCAACUCUGACACCUUCGAUGGAUGAGGGUAUGCAGAGACUUUCUGUUGGUGAGCUGAGAACCUCUGUGUCUUCUACAGCCAAUUGCUCUUCGCAACUGGGGCUGUUUGCCAAAAAGCAGCUGGCGCCGGGAGCUACCAUUUUGAGAGAGCGAUCGGUCCUAACAGCCAUACGCCCACAUGGCGAAGCCGUCUGUGAUGCUUGUGCGGCUGACAUGGAAGAUAUCGACCGAGGGGAUCGGAGAUACUGUGUAGGAUGCAAUAUACCAUUCUGCUCGGAAGAAUGUCAGAGAGCUGCCAAUGAGCGUUACCACCACCCGAACGAGGAAGACUACGAGACCGAUGAGGGCUAUCCUCCCGCUGAAGCCCCUUUUUGCCCUGGAUCUAGUGGCAAUGACGACCUGCACACACUUGGUCGAGCUGAAAGUUCGACUACCCCUGAGUGGGAUUUGUACUUCUUGCUCCUGUCACGAACCCUGCAACUGGCCGAGACCCAGAAAUUGCAUCCGUUAGAUCUCUUCGAGACAAAGUAUUUGUGGGGGGAUUUCUCCCCGACCCCCGAAGUCAUUGAUCUCCCACUCAAGAGUGGUCCGAAAUCACUACCAUACAGCGUACGCCAUCAUGUUGAGUUGCCUCUCCAAUGGUUUGAAGUUCUCAUGCACUCACGAGAGAGAUGCAGGCCAUACAGUGCCACGUGGCUGAAAAAAUACGACUGGUGGAUCAUUCAGACGCUCUUUUCCAAGUUUCGAGGAGUAGCAGAUGCACAACAAUCGACGUGGACGGGUAAGCCUGAGGUCGCAGCCGUUCAUCCGCUCUGGUGUCUGGCGAAUCAUAGCUGCAACCCAAAUGUGACUUGGAAGCCUCGGGAGUAA